AUGAAGUACGGAAUACUGUCUUUGUUUUUGGCAGCCAUUGCAAAUGGCUCAAAUAUACUACAAAGACAAACUAUCCUGGGAACUUCUACUGUUAAUCUGAACAACAAUACUGGUUCUACCGGACACCUUGCUUCGGGCAUUCUCUAUGGCAUUCCAGACACUCAGGGACAGAUUCCCACCUCUUUCUAUUCUGAUAUGGGAUUUAAUUAUGCACGAGCGGGUGGUGCCCAGGUUCCGUCACCAGGACGGGGCUGGAUAUGGGGAUUGUCUGAGUAUAAGGUUCGAUUCGCGUCAGCUUUGUCAAACUACCGAUCCACUCGAGCACAUGGUGGUAAAUUCAUAUUCCUCAUCCACGAUUUGUGGGGUGCAGACGGAACUCAAAACUCAAGUGCUCUUUACCCCGGAGACAAUGGAAACUGGGCUUCAUGGGAUGCCUAUUUGACUCAAUUGAUCUCUGACAUCAACGCAAAUGGUGCCACGGCUGGUCUUUCAAUUGAUAUUUGGAAUGAGCCGGAUCUCACCGCAUUUUGGAACAGAAGUCAAGCCCAGUACUACCAAAUGUGGGGCCGAACUUAUUAUAGGUUAAGAGCGGCAUUUCCAGGUGUUCUUCUCAUUGGUCCCGCCUAUGCAAAUGCUCCAUCCCUCAGCAAUACUUGGUGGACUGGCUUUGCUUCAUUUGUAAAGACAAACAACAGCGUUCCAGAUCAAUGGGUCUGGCACAUGGAAGGUGGUGGUAGUGCAAACAUGGGAACAUCUUAUUCAGGGCUUCAGCAAAUCCUUAAAACUUACGGCCUCCCUCAAAAGACUGUUAAUAUUGAUGAGUAUGGAACCAAUGCCGAGCAAGUCCCUUCCGGGACUGCUUGGUGGAUUUCGCAAUUGGAGAGAUACAACGCUAUUGGUUUAAGAGGGAAUUGGCUCAGUGGGCGGUCACUUCACGAUUUCAUGGCUGGUCUUCUCGGUAAACCAAAUGCUGGAACCUCAGCUUAUUCUCCAACUGCUACUGGUUACUGGCCAAAUGGAGAAUGGCAGGUUUACAAGUACUACAACCUCAAUAUGACCGGGCAUCGCGUUGGAACCUCAGCGUCAGCAGAUGGUAAAUUGGACACUUAUGCUACUAUUGGAUCGACCAAAGUAAAGAUUUUGUGCGGAGUACGCAUUACAACCGGAACUUGGCAAAUCACGGUGAACAGUUUAUCCUUUGUUGGAUUACCAACAUCUGGUACUCUGAACAUCCAGACUUGGGGAUUCCCAAAUACUGGUGGCCCAUUUGGUUCCGUUACAGCGCUCAACGAUCUUGGUACUGUGGCUCAUACUUACUCGGGGAAUAGUGUGACUUUUCCUAUUUAUCAAGUGGAUACGAGCACUGCGUAUGCCUUUGAAUUUAAUGUCAGUUAG